UCAGAGGCAGCAAGUAGGGCUGGGAUUUCAGUCCUGCCUGGAGACUUCAUGGUAGCAUGGCCCUGCAGUUGCUGGCUCUGAGGUUUCUCCUGGUCCUUGUAUCUCUGCUGGCAGCACAGGGCCAGGAAGAACCUGAUCCCAAGGUCCAAGGAGUGCCCUGGGUAACAGAAACAUGCCAAAGGCCCCGGUGGGACUCAAGACUCCGGCUGGCACCAGACCAGGAGAAUUACAGGAAGAACGAAGAAGUGGUGCUGAGUUGCAUUGAAGGUUUUCUGCCGUCCUUCACCCACAUCAAAUGUUCAAGCGAAGUCCAGUCCAUCAGUCAUGGGAAACCUGUAAACAGGGAAGUUUGGCGUGGAAGGAACAACACAAGUGACUGGAUCCGCAUCCGGUCCAACGUGGAGUGCCUUGAGCUCCUCCAGGUUGUCUCCUCCUUGGAGAUUUCCAGCACCAGCAUCAAACUGAACUGGACCUGCAGGCUCCCUGAUGCCUGCCAGCACAUGCGGGCCAGGUGCCGCCUGGCUGCUCCUUCGUCUCCUCCCUGUGAGGCUGAGGAGGUGGAGGGAGAGGAGAUGCUCCACGGCCAGGAGGGAACACUCACCUGUGCCCCUCUGCAGCCCUUCACCGAAUACAGUGUCACCAUCUCCCUGCCCCCCAGCAUGAUUCUUUUCUCAUGGUUGGUUAGGACAGAGGAAACAGUGCCAGACAAACCAGAGAAGCUUUGGCUGGAUCCCAACACAGGGUCCCUCUCAUGGGAGCCACUGCCCUCCUGCAAAGGGGAGAUCAUCGGAUACCAGCUGAACAUCACGACCAGGAGCGCGCAGGAUGGCAGUUUCCUGGAGAUGGAGCGGCUGCGGCUGAGCAGCUCCGUCACUGAGCACCCGCUGCCUCAGCACAGCCCCGGCAACAGCUACGUGGUGGCGAUCCAGGGAGUCACGGCCGUCGGAGCCGGGGCUGCGUCGCUGUGGGAGUUUCAGACCAACAGCCCAGACACUCCGCACCCUCUCGACACCAGCUGCCGCAGCAUCCAUGUUAUCUCCCCAUCCCAUGGGACAGCUGUGAUCCCACUCCACCCCAUCGCCCGUCCCCCCGAGGCGACGAGGGAGCACCAGCUCAUCGUGGCCGUGGCCCACAACGGCACGGCGCUGGAAGGUGCCUGCCUGGGGGAGCCGCAGCCCUUCAACGCCAGCCAGCAGCCCGCCACCUACGUGGCCGCCGUGCUCAACCUCACCGGCCCCAUGGACUUUGUGCUGGGCACCGGGACCCACGGGCAGGGCUACCACAACGCUGCCCUUCAGCCGGGCUGGGACUACAUGGUCCUUCUGCGCCACGUCCACCGCUCACAGCAGGCAGAGAAGUUCACCUGCGUCUGCUACAGCUUCUCUGUUGUUGCAGGGCUGCAUCCGUCCCCAUGGCGUGGGACUGUGAUUGGGAUGGUUGUGCUGCUGGUAGUCCUUCUCCUGUCUGCAGGGAUCCUGUGGUUUGUGCUUUCCAGGAAAAAGAAGUCUUUGCCCAGCACAGCUAAGGAGGAUAAUUAAAAAGGUAAAGAUGUCCAGGCUGGAGAUCAGUCACUCCCGCCCUUGUCCAGGACCACAGGAGACAUUCAGAGGGACUGGAGAAGAUGAGGAGCAUGACCCCGUCUCAGUGCUGACGGCUGCCAGGCCCCCUGGCUCUCCUGUGACUGUGACCACCACUGGGGUCUCAUCCAAUUCAGCAGAGCAAGAGGAAAACAGGAGGCCAAGGGAGGUUGUGAGCUUUUUAUUUCCUCACCCUCUUCAACUCCCAGCUUUCACUUACCGCUGUUUUAAGACCCUUGAAUGUGACUUUCAGUAGUUCCUUUUUUUUUAGGCUUUGCUUU